AUGGCCGACAUCCGCACACUUCACUGGUAUGAGUCGGCGGCUGACAAUCAAGCGAUUACUGCCAAUGGCUGGAGAUUCCAGGUGGCCAAGUCGGUUGCUACAGGAAAUGGAGCACCCAUUUACAAUGUCGUGUGGCAGUCCCAAGGUGUUGCCCCCGUUACCGAUAUUUCCUGGAAAGCUCAGUAUGCUCUCAACUGGACCGCCGCUCUGAUCUCGCCUGGCGUCAAAGUCAACGUUGGCGGUAGAUGGCAGCGAUGUAACAAAGGCGAGACCUACGAUCUAAACCCACAAGGAUACUGGGUGCCCUCUGCAACACCGGCUGGCCCUGAUGGUGCUGGCUGGCUCAACAUUGGCAACAUUGAUUAUGCAUACCCGCAUGUCCUUGGAAUCCAUAUCAUCGUGGGAGUUUUGAACAACCAGACAGGGAGAUACGAACCUAUCUUUGUGGACCAGGCAACCCUUCCGCAGGGCAGCUCGGCGAAAUACCAGCCACAAGAGAGUGUGAGUUGGUGGCUCGAGGGGAGUGAUCUCACUGGUCAGGUCUUCAGCGACACCAAAUCCAACGCCACAACCUUCGACUUCACGAAUCCGAGCAACCCCCUCACAGAUUCUUAUGAGUGGUCAACUUCGUACAUAAUGCGCCAAGGCCAAUGGGUCAUUGCAGCCGGACCUGUUCCCCAGGCCUUCCGUGCACCUCCUCCGUCUGAAAACAGGGUCAACCCCCUCGGCGGGAAGGAUCCAAUUCUUCUCGACUUGGAUGUAGGAAGCUGGAUUGUCAGAUUCAACCCCCCCUUGCUCGGCGGUGCUAUGGGGGUCGCUGUCACAGCUCUCUCGGAAAAUCUCAAGCAACAGUUCAAGGGACUUGAGGUCCAGGCUGUGGGCAGCGAAGGUACCGCGCUCACAAUCCAGUACGAGGCUGGUUCGGCUCCUGGAGCCCUUGAACAUAUCGGAUUUCCCCGCGGUUCUCCCGGAUCUCAAAGCACAAUCGACAGCGCACUGAGGGAGUUGCAGACAGCCGGCGAACUCCCUCAAACCGAGGAAUGGCUUAUCGAGCCGGCACCCGUGGAGGAAACAAAUGGUUCAGCACCGAUCCAGGUGCGCAAGAGCAAAGUCAAUGGGGCCAGCACCCAUACCAACACCAACAAUAACAGUAACAGCAACAACAGCGGCUUGGCCUACCGCUACGGCCCCGCUCCUACUGACCAAAACCCGAACAACUUUGCCGCCAACUACCAGACCAAGUCCCCCUUCCUGCAGCAGGGCUAUCCCUCAAACCCCAUCUCAACCUAGUAUCCCUAUAAGCCCCACACCGUCAGCACCCUCUCUGUCCCCGUUCGCGGCUCCUUUUCUCUGUUCAAGUUUUAUCUCCUACAAAGAAAGACGAGCACCGAGUUGAACAGGAACAGCCACAUCUUCGACAACAAGGACAACCACAGCAACAACUACCAUGACGGCAACAACGGCAGCAACAACGCAAUGACUACAAUGACAACAACAACAAAACCAACUUCUUUGAUGGAUGAUGAUGAGGCAUUUGUGCCAGCAUCUUCCCACUCACCAACAAGUUUAUUAGAACCAACAAUUUCUUCCAUGACUUCGAUGUCUGCCGCUGACAUCAUGUCAACUCUGAUGCUGUGACACCCACCCUUCCCACUCUCUCGGGGACGCCGGAGACAUCGGAUGGCGGAUGAGGGAUCCUUCCUUGAUGUGGUGUACACACGGGUUGCGCAUGAUCAUGUACAGUUGAGGCAAAAGGUGAGGCAUGACUGGCGGACCGACGGGCGGAUGAACCAGACUGUUGGUAACCGGAGGCGGAGUUUUAACGUCUGGGGGGUUAGUCAGUCAGGAAGAGUGGAACAUAAGGCUAUCAGCUAAUGUUUACGAGAUCGCGUUGUUUG